GAAGUUGUUAUUGGUGAUUUAAAACCAGGCACUCCACAUCGUGUUAGUGUUAGAGCGUAUGGCUGGGCAGGAAAAGGACAACCCAGCAUGCUCAGACACGUAACCACCUUAUCUCCAGGUAAGUGCAUGCCCCCUGCACCACCCUACCAGCCCCAGAUUGUUGUUGUUUCUGAUUCCGAAGUCGCACUGUCCUGGAAACCUGGAGUCAGUGAAGGAAGUUCUCCCAUCCAGUACUAUAUGGUGGAAUUUAUCAGGCCAGAUCUUGACAGCAAUUGGACAGUAAUAAGGGAGCAGAUCCAGAUGGAGUCCAUGGUUCUCAAGGGGCUUCUCCCAAAUACCAAAUAUCAGUUUGCCAUUCGAGCAGCAAAUUCCUAUGGAUCCAGCCUCCCCAGCACACCAAGCAAUGUCAUCCACACAUUCAGCUCUGAAGAACUAGGAAGUGGAAGCUAUGGGCAUCGAUAUGUCACAGGCACAUUAAUUGGUGAUGAUGAAGGUUUUGAUAUUGAUGAUUCAGACUAUGACAUUUACAUAGAAGAGCUCAGACCACUUCCUGCUAUUAAAGGAGGCAACAGAAAAUUUCUCAUUGAAACCAAGGUCACUCCAGGGUCCAGUUCAAGGCUCCUUUCGAGGCUCCUUACAACCACCUCAGAAUCCGCGACAUCCACUCCUACAACCGCACGACCUGUCCCUUCUACCACACUGAGGACUACUAUAGCUAGGACAUUGAGGAGGAACAGCGUGUCUUCGGUAGCGCACUUCUUUGAUCUGUCCUGCGAUGAGACCAUCUGUUCUACAGAUAGCUUCUGUGUCAAUGACUAUGAUCGAGGUGGCUCACGUUGUCAUUGUAAGUUGGUAAAAGGAGGAGACACUUGCACAGAAGAUAUUAUUAUCCAGUAUCCUCAGUUCUCUGGUUACUCAUAUAUCACCUUUGAACCACUGAAAAACUCCUAUCAGACAUUUCAAAUUACCCUUGAAUUUAGGGCGGAAUCAGAAGAUGGUUUGCUGCUGUACUGUGGAGAAAAUGAACAUGGUCAUGGCAAUUUUAUGUCACUAGUAAUUAUCCGACGUAACCUCCAGUUCAGGUUCAACUGUGGCACUGGAGUUGCAGCCAUAACAAGUGAAAAAAAAAUCAAACUGGGGAACCGGCACAGUGUCAUGGUGUUCAGAGAUGGGGUGAACGGCUGGCUCAAGAUGGACAGCGAUGCUCCAGUCACAGGCAAAUCUCAGGGCCAAUAUAGUAAAAUUACAUUCCGGACUCCGUUCUACGUUGGUGGUGCCCCCAGCGUGUAUUGGCUGGUCAGAGCAGCUGGCACCAACCGUGGCUUCCAGGGCUGCGUUCAAAGCCUCAGUGUCAAUGGGAAGGUCGUUGAUAUGAGACCCUGGCCACUGGGGAGAGUGCUAAGCAGAGCUGAUGUAGGUGAAUGCAGCAGCGGAAUUUGUGAUGAAGCUUCCUGUAUCAACAGUGGUACCUGUACUGCAAGCAAAGCUGAUUCAUAUAUUUGCCUUUGCCCCCUUGGAUUUAAAGGCCAUCACUGUGAAGAAGCAAUCACCUUGGCUAUACCUCAGUUCAGCGAAUCCCUGAUGUCAUUUGCUAGCACACCCUGGCCCUUGGAACCCCAGAACUACCUUUCCUUCAUGGAGUUUGAGGUGAUGUUUUAUCCAGAUGUAGAGAGCAGUGUCCUUUUGUACAGCUACGACUCACACAGCAAGGACUUCCUCUCCAUUAACAUAGUGGCUGGUUAUGUGGAGUUCAGAUUCGACUGCGGCUCAGGAACGGCUGUCAUCAGGAGUGAAGAGCCUGUCAGUUUGGGUCAAUGG